AAAGAAAAAUUCUAUUUAAAAAAAAAAAUAAAUAAGUAAAUUGAUUUUCAUGAAAAGUUUCGAAAUAUUUUAAACGCCUGUGAGCAAACAAAAAAUUAUUAUAUUUUGUGGAUAAAGAGAGCUUAGUUUUUGAACAAGUUUCUUCUUUUUAGUUAAGGUCUAACAAGUUUGAUUUGCGUUUCAAGAAUCCCCCUAAGGAUAACAAUUAAAAACACUUGUAAAGUUAAGGAUUUGUUAAAAGCUAUUGCUUGAAGUUUAAUUUUAAACUUCGAAAACUCUAUUUUUUGAAUCUUUUUGGAGAACCCUUCCAUCAUUCGAACAAUGGCCUCCUUGCACUGGGACGUUAACUGCGAUGGCUGUGGAAGCACCAGCCUCAUCCACUACCGCUACAAGUGCCUCCGCUGUGCAGACUACGACCUCUGCAAGGUGUGUCACGAGAACGGAGUGGAAACGGGUGGCCAUCAGCAGGAGCAUCCGUUCCAGUGCCUCCUCGAUCGGGAGGCGCGGGAGCUGCACUUUGCCGGCGAACCGAUGCCGGACCUCUGCGCCGACAGCUUCACCUGUCCAAUGUGCGGCGAGAUGGGGCACUCCUCCUCGGACCUGGUGCGGCACGUGAACGAGCUGCAUCACUCGGAUCGAACGGCGGUGAUAUGUCCGCUCUGCGUGGCCCUGCCCUCGGCCCAUCCGGACCGGCUGAACAACCUGGCCGGUCACUUGGCCAUCAUGCAUCCGCCCAGCAUCCUAAGGGGUCAGAACGCCUCUCCGGCGGAGGAGGAUCCGCCCCGACCGCUGAGAACUGGCGGCGGGGGUGGCGGCAGUGUUUUAGGUUCUGGCGGAGAUGGCCUCGGGAAUGGAGGUCGUGGAAGAGGCGGCUUCGGCUUGGGAAGCGAUGGCGAAGGAGGAUUCUACGGCGGAGGCGGCUUUGGCUUGGGAAGCGGAGGUGUAGGAACCUUCGGUGGCAGCAGCAGUCUUUUCGGAUUGGGUAGCGGCGGAGGGCUCUACGGCUCCGGUGGAGGCUUUGGCCUAGGAGGCGGCUUGGAAGGAAAUGGAGGAGGAUUCACCCUGGGAGGCAGUGGCGGAGGUGGCUUCACUUUGGGAGGAGGGGGCGGUGGCGGCGGAGGAGGAGGAGGCAGCGCCGUAAGAGGAGCAGCAGAAUCCGGAGGACGACGCACGGCAGGAGUGGUUCUCCGCAUUGGAGGAGCUGCUGGUACCGGCCUGGGAUCAUCGGGACUGGCCACCCUUCUCGGGCAGCAGCCGGACGACGGGGGAGAGGACUUCGAGGGUUUCCACUGGAGUACCGGUAUCUCACGGCCCCCUCGCGGCAGCGGAGAUGCCGGUUGGAGGGGCGAGGAGGUGCCGCCCUUGGUACUCGGAGGAGGCGGAGUGGCCCGAAACGGUGGCGGAGGUGGCAGCCGCAGAGGAGCUGGCCGUGGCGUACGUGGUGGCCGCGUAGGAGUCCCUCCCCCGUAUCCCACCAACCAGUCGCGUGAUCCUGUGACCCUCCAGCUGAGCAGUGCCUCGGCCCUGGGCUCGGGCCAGGACUUGCCGAUGGCGGACGCCGGGCCGGAGGCGCCGGACAACUCCCAGGUGCGUCACCUCAAUCUUCCCAUCGUCCAGGUGCCGCAUGUGCGCUUCCUGCUGCCAGGAUCUGCGCCGCUGGCCCUGGGCGAGGACCUCAGCGACAGCGAUGGCCCGGAGGUCUAGGAUUUUGAAGAUGCCUGAUGGCCAGAAGGACCAAAAAGAUACACUUUUUUUUAUAUUUUAUGUACCAUUGUGUACUUAUUGUACAAUAGUACUGUUAUGUACUUUUAUGUACUAGUAUACACUCUAACAAAUAUCGUUGCACAACGAAAGGAAACGCAAAUAAACACACACACUUGACAGAAGAGAAA